UUAAGAUUAGGGCGUAUCCACUCUUUGAGAAUGAGGAAAUACGUUGGUGUUUGUAUGAAGUCCCUCCUUUAGUUUGGUUUGACCACGACUUGUGAUGACCAUAACGUUCAGCUGCAGCCUGGCAAAGACGUUACCACCAGCUAGCUGCGGUCCUGUCCAUCAAUGGCUAAUUCAACCGUCGUUACGCUGGAUCAGACUAUAGUUACUGGAACAGAUAAAACUGGAACACCGGUGGCAAAAGCAGACUAUAUUGCUUUCGUCCUGGUGCCCGUUUUCUUCCUUCUGGGCCUGUUGGGGGUGGUGAUCUGCCACGUGUUGAAGAGGAAGGGCUAUCGGUGCACCACUGAGGCCCAGGAUGGCAAGGAGGAUGAGUGCGAGGAAGAAGAAAAGGAUCCUGAGCUGGGUGGAGACAUGAAUGACACCCUCAGUGAAAACAACGACACAGUCGGACAGAUUGUCCACUACAUCAUGAAAAAUGAAGCAAACUCAGAUGCCCUGAAAGCCAUGAUUCAUGAAAACAGCAUUGAUUCUGAUGGUCCUCCGCUCACCCCCACCUCUCCCAGCACCCCAACCCCUCCAAUGACUCCGAUAUCACCGAGUGCACCCCUAGGAGCAGCCAAGCACACCUGCAACCACCUGCACACCAUCAGUGGCCUGGGCGGCAACAAGAACAUCUGUAACCGCUGCAGCCAGAAGAAAUGGCCGCUGAUAAGGAGGCCGUCAGCCCGUAAGGCAGAGCAUCACCGCAGCCACCUCGGAGAGGUCACGGUCCUGGCUGUGGGCAGGUUCCGGGUGACGAAGUGUGAAAAACCAGCCAGGGAGAGGCGGACCCUGCUAAUAACAGACUCCAAUGGGAGCGUUCCUGCAUCUCCUACAGAGGCGGAGCCCAAGAGCCGGACGACAUCCGUGUCCCAGCAGGCACAUACGGACAACUUGGGCAAAGAGAAACGAUAGAAAUCCAGGUAACGUGUCACGUUUUCAUCAGCUACGUGUGUAUUUUAUAUUUCUGUCUUAACAACAUGUAUUCCCCCGUUCCACAGAUUUCCCAAGAGAGGAGAAAAACAACAUCUGGACACCUUUUUUUUAAAACCCAAACAAGAACAUUAAACCAUCAGCAGUGGAGGAGCGAAGCAAGAGACUCGACCUGGGAGUCGUCCCUCCACAUUCCUGCUCCACAGGGAGACCAAAGUGCUGCUGAUGAAGAGGAUGACGGUGGAGAGAGUGACAUUUAGAGUCACACUAGCCAGUUAUUUUACAAGCAGAAGAGGUGUAAGGUGUGCCUAUUUGUGAUACACGCCAUUUCCUCCUAAACUAGAUUUACAGUAGUGCCUUGCUCAAGGGCGUUUAAGAAGGGCAGCUGCUCAAUGUCAAGGAAGCCUGACCCAUGGACGUGGUCCAUGAUGUAUGUACAUGUGUUUUUGUAUGUGGAGGUAUAGAAGAGUUUUUGCACGUCAUCAGCCAGUUAAUUUGAUAAAACUACACCCCAGAAACAGGUACAGCCAGUGUGAGAUUAAAUUGUGGGUUGUCGUUCCCACACAGGAAGCAGGAACGACCUGACGUAGAGGUCACGGAGCCAGGAAAUAGGCCGGAGCGUUAGCAGAUGUGAUAAGAGUAAAACAACAGCAAUCGUGUCCUGUACCGGCGUGAACAUGAUGUCAGGAUGAUAAAGCAUCGCAAUAAAUUAGCUCGAAUAUUCAGACAGGGACUGCUCACUCAGUGUUUGCUCUUAAAGUGACAGUGUUAUUUUGACAUUAACAGCAAACCUUAAACCUGCAUCCUGAGACAGGUCAGUCCACUCCAACCCUUCAAGGUCACUAUGACCUGCCAGAUUUUCCAUUUGUAAUAUCCAAUGUGUCAGAUAGGCAUUACUAAAUCUUGAAACCUGCAUUAAUUGUUUUUCUUGGUCAUUUUGUGUGGCUAUAAACACAACAUUGAUGUAUUAUCAGCUUAUAAAGUUGUUUUGUGGAACGUGAUAGCAAACAGUUGCCUUACAUUCAUUAGCAGUCAUGUGGAGUUGUGUUUCUGUCCACCUGAUGAAGUCCAAUAUUUACUCGUCUUUUAGCUGUUUUGGUCUCCACCAAGCCCAAGCCAGGUUGUCCUGGAGACUACAAAUUUAAAACUGAAAGCCUUUAUUACAAAUAGCCCUUUAAAGACCCUUGUGAGCUAAAUCAUCCAAAUAUGUCAUUUUCUCCAGAUCUUCGUGAUCAAAACGUAUAUAAUUAUAGACAUGUUUUGUUUCAACAUUGUUGAUUUGUGAAUAUCAUUUCAUUGUGCGUCAUUUAAAAAAACAAACAAACCCUUUGUUAUUCAUAUUUUGGGACAGUUUACUGUGUUUUUAUUGUUGUGUAAUGAAAUAAAUAAAGCAAAUAAAGAUGACUAAUACAUAUCAAACCAUAAA